ACUUUCGAUUCAUUCACCGAUUCGGUGCCUUAUUAGAACAUACGCACAAAACGUCGACACAAACUGUAGCGUACGGAAGCGCGAGUGACGUCCACAACAAAAAUGCUAACUCGCCUAAAAAAAAAGCAAUUUUGUUAAUAUUAAACUUAGUCAAAAUGUACAAACUAAACUAGUUAAGAAACGCGAACAUAAUUACCACGUGUUUUAGAUAUUUAAUUUCCUCGUAAUUUAAAUAAUUAUUUUGUGCUAAAAUGGAUGAGGCUUUUGCUCAUUGCGAAGGGAGUGGAAAGAAGUUCAAGAAGGGUUUGGUCCCUCCUGAUGGCGGAUGGGGCUAUAUGGUAGCAGUCGGUGUAGGAUUCACAUUUAUGUUAGGAUUCGGAUCGUCGAACGCAUUUGGCAUCCUUUUCAAUAACUUCUUUAUGGAGCAAGGAGGUGCAAGUGGACUGCCACUCGUCAUAGGAGUUUACAAUGGAGCAUUAUCAAUUGCUGGUUUCCUUAGUGGAAUAGCUUUGAAGAAGUAUACAUUUCGGCAAGUGGGCCUCGUAGGAGCUGCACUCUUCGUUUUAGGCGAUGUUAUGACCAUUUUUGUUCAGAAAACUUAUCAACUCGUAUUUACGUUUGGAGUAAUAAGAGGCGCCGGUUUCGGAGCCAUGAUACCAGUCUCCUUCACAGCCUUUAAUUGUUAUUUCAUUAAAAAAAGAACAACCAUGAUGAGUGCUAAUCAAACCAUGAGCAGUAUGGCUUCUAUAACAUUUCCCAUGCUUGUAACUUAUCUUCUAGCGGAGUAUGGCUUUAGGUGGACUCUGAUUUUGAUAAUGGCUGUGGACCUCCAUCUUGUUUUUGCGAUGUUGGUUAUGCAUCCUGUUGAAUGGCACCUCAUUAAAUCUGAUGAUCCUGAUGCUGGCACCGAACUAACUAUAUCUAAAGUGAAAAAGUUAAAAUUUGAAAGUUGUGAUGAAUCUGUUGAAAAAAUGUUACCAGGGGAGGAGAAGGAAGUAGACACAGUUGAUAAGGAAAAGCGUCACGAAUCCUUGCAAAAGAGUGUGAUAAAAAUAAUUUAUGAUAAUAUCGAAUUGGAUUUAUUGAAGGACCCUAGGUUUGUGAGUACGCUUGUGGGUCUAGGUUUUGCUUUUGUAUCAGAUGUUACAUAUCUGGCUAUGGAACCUAUGCUGUUAUUUUCUUACGGAUUUACGAAGAUGGAAGUAGCCACGUGUGUUAUGGUGGGUGCCGUCGCGGAUCUGGUGGCCAGAUUCUUGUUAGCAAUUUUCACAUAUUUUUAUGUUGUGGACAGCAGAAAAAUAUUUUUCGCAGGCACGUGCGUAACUGUCGUGCUGAGAAUCGCACUGGUGAGCUCAAGUGAACUGUUGUACGUGUUCGUGAUGACUGCCAUAUCUGGCUUAGUGCGGUGUUCGGUACAAGUACUGUUUCCAUUAGUGCUGGCCAUGGCGGCGCCAGACAAGUUUCCUGCUGCUCUAGCACUACACAUUCUGUUUUCUGGAGCCCUUAUGCUUAUGGCUGAUCCAUUAAUAGGAGUGCUGUAUGAAGCCACAGGCAGUUAUCUGUUCUGCUUUUUGGCGAUGAGUUUCUGUUGUCUCAUAUGUGUUGUGCUAUGGACCAUAGAGUAUGUGGUGUAUAGAAAAACUAAUAUGUGAAUAUCAAAUCUAUUAUUAUACGAGCAGUUAAAUAUUGCAAUAGACUUGAACGAGAUUUCCGGAGUUCCGUGGCAUAUUUUUGAGUCUCUUGCCGCUUCACAAAUUAAAGGAAAAAGAAGAAAAACAAAAAUUGGUUGAUAAAAAGUGGCAUAUAUGAAGCCUGAAAAUGUUAUCUCAGAUCAUCAUUAC